UGCCGUCCUCCAGCUCCCGUCAUCAUCUACGUCGUCACCGGUUGUGUGUGGACGCGCGCUACCCGAGCUGUACGGUCGGAUCUUGUGGAUUUCGAUGGUCAGUUAUCUACCGAGACCGCUAUCGUAAGGAAGCAAACAGAAUAGCCGCCCGCUUGUGGUUGUCGACGCUAGUCACUGUGGUUUGUGUCUGCAUUCCCUACUUCUAUCGCUCCGUGCCUGUGCGUUCUUCCAGCAGUACCAUGUCGUUUGUUGCCGUGCCACAGGGAAGUGAUUUCCCCAUCGAAAAUCUUCCUUACGGAGUCUUUAGCACCGCUGGCAAUCCUAAGGCUCGCGUUGGAGUUGCGAUCGGUGAGCAGAUCCUCGAUCUUUCGGCGGUUGUGAGCUUUUAUCCGGAAAGCGUACGGAAUGCCCUUCAAGCGACCGUGCUGAACGAUUUAAUGUCACUGGGCUGCGACGCGUGGGCCGAAGUGCGACGCAUCACCAAGGAACUUCUGCUCGACGGUUCUGCGCUACACAAGGAUGCCGCCCUUCAGGCCCGUGCGCUGGUGCCACAAGCCGAUGCGAAAAUGCAUCUUCCGGCCAACAUUGGAGACUAUACGGAUUUCUACUCCUCGAUCCAUCAUGCCACCAACGUCGGGGUUAUGUUCCGUGGCAAGGAGAACGCCCUCAUGCCCAACUGGAAGCAUCUCCCGGUCGGUUACCAUGGGCGGGCCAGCUCGGUAGUCGUGUCCGGUACACCGAUUCGCCGUCCGUACGGCCAAACGCUCCCGGUGGACGGUGCCGAACCAGCUUUCGGGCCCUGCCGCUUGUUUGAUUUCGAGCUCGAAAUGGCCUUUUUCGUCGGUGGACCACCAACCGUGCUGGGAGAACGAGUGUCGGUGGGGGACGCCGCCAAGCGCGUGUUCGGCUUCGUGCUGAUGAACGAUUGGAGUGCACGGGACAUACAGAAGUGGGAGUAUGUGCCGCUCGGCCCGUUCACGGCGAAGAAUCUCGGCACGAGCAUCUCGCCGUGGAUUGUACCGGUGGCAGCGCUGGAACCGUUCCUGGUCGACAACUUCCCGCAGGAUCCGGCUCCCUUCCCGUAUCUAAAGCACGAGCAGAAGUUCAACUUCGACAUCAAACUGGAAGUCGACAUUAAGCCGAAAGCAACGGGCGUAGCAACGACGGUCUGCCGCUCGAACUACCGAAACCUGUACUGGACGGCGUUGCAGCAGAUCGCCCAUCACACGGUUACCGGGUGCAAUCUGAACCCGGGCGAUCUGAUGGCGUCCGGCACGAUCAGUGGCGAUGCGUCCGAUUCGUUCGGCUCGAUGCUGGAGCUAAGCUGGAAGGGCACGAAACCGGUUCCGCUGGGUGGUGGGGAGUCGCGCAAAUUUCUACAGGACAACGAUGAGGUCGUAAUCCGCGGCCACUGCUUGACCGAAGAUGGGCUGAGGAUUGGGUUCGGAUCGUGCGUCGGUGUGGUACUUCCGGCAACACCGUUCGAGUGAUGGCCGAAUCGUUACCGGUGGUGCAUAUAUAUAUAUUCCAGUUUCAGUUGUGCAUGUAUUGGGAAAUGUGAUUGAAAGACGGAGAGAGAGAGAGAGAGAGAGAGAGAGAGAGAGAGAGAGAGAGAGUGCUGCAUGCCAUCGUCCUUUUGUUUCCAACUACGAUUUCCAAUACAUAUAUUAUACGCCUUUAUUAAUGCAUUA